GCUUGGACUGUUUUCUUACUUGACUCUUGAUAAGCCACUAAGAUGAAGCUGGCUCUAUCUUGUCACCUCUCACUUCUCCUUCUGCUUGUUGUAAACCUAACAGGUGUGUACGGGACGAGAAUCAUCGGGGGUGCAGAGGUACCACCCUUCUCCAUCAAGUAUCAGGCCUCCAUCCUCUUCAUGAACAACCACUUCUGUGGAGGCACCCUCGUCCACAAGCAGUGGGUGGUGUCUGCUGCCCACUGCUGGAGACCAAGUCACAUGAUCAAAGUGGUCUUGGGUGAGCAUGACAUCAAUAAAGACGAGGGUACUGAGCAGAGGUUCAAUGUCGCCUUGGUCAUCAAGCACUACCAGUAUCAACACUGGACAUUUGACAAUGACAUCAUGCUGCUUAAGUUGGACCGGCCAGCUGACAUCAACGCCACGGUCGAGCUGGCUUCUCUGCCAGACCCGGACUCACCGCCCUUGGCCAACUUUGCCAGGUGCACAGUCAGUGGCUGGGGUGUGACCUGGCUGUACAGCUACCAGUUGUCACCUGUACUGAAGUCUGUGGAUGUAGAAAUCUUUAACAACUGCAAUUACUACUACUACUUCAGGAUUACAGACAACAUGAUCUGUGCUGGAUCUCGCUCUGGUGGGAAAGACUCCUGUCAGGGUGACUCAGGAGGACCUCUUAUUUGUAAUGGUAAAUUUGUGGGCAUUGUAUCUUGGGGCAUCGGCUGUGCCUAUGCUUACUACCCUGGCGUCUACACCAAGGUCAGAAACUACCUCCAAUGGAUCCACUGGGUUACCCAGAACUCAUAA